AUGUCUCCCAAGGAAUUCUACAAUGUUGUCCGACUGGUUCCCAAACCUGGCAAAUUCGAUGAGGUCUCUGAAGCAUUUAGGACUCUCUCAAAAUACGUCGAGGAGAACGAACCCAAGACUCAGAUCUACUUUGCCGUUCAACCGCAGGGAUCCGAGGAACUUGUCAUUGUUGAGAAAUACACCGACGCUCAAAAUCUGAAGGAGCAUGCCUCCACGCCGGCGUUUAAGCAGUUCUCUAAGGCCAUUGGCGGGUUGUUAGCUGAGACGCCUGAGCUCAAAAGGGCUGAUUUUGUGGCUGGGUUUGAGGGGAGGGCAAAGCUUUGA